GGGCAAGCGCACUUAACUCCGGAGACGUUAGUGCAUUUUGGCGUCACUUAGGUGACGGUGUAGUGAGUUCCGGCUUCACUGGUUCCAAUUCUGUCCCAUUGUUCGUUGCAUGCGAACUUUUCUGGAUUUCAAUUCUUUCAUCCGGGGCCUGCCGGUGCCGUAAAUGGCCAUUGAAAGGGAAAAACGAACACGCACACCAAGGCGCCAGCUUGCGUUCCUGCGCAUGCGCAAUGACCCGAGCGGAAAGGCCGAGGCGUAGCCUAAGCGUGGGAUUCCGCGCGUGCGCUGGGCUCCUCCUGGUGCGGCUGCGGCCGGGAGGGACUGGACUAUGUCGGCCCCGUUUGAGGAGCGGAGUGGGGUGGUACCGUGCGGGACCCCGUGGGGCCAGUGGUACCAGACCCUGGAGGAGGUGUUCAUUGAAGUUCAGGUGCCGCCAGGCACGCGCGCCCAGGAUAUCCAGUGCGGCCUCCAGAGCCGGCAUGUGGCGCUGUCGGUGGGCGGCCGCGAGAUCCUCAAGGUAGCGGCAGCUCGGGGCUUGUGUUCAGUUUCCUCUUCCCAGACGCCCCCAGCCCCGUUUCCCUGAACGACUGUUGGGUGUCCCGACGGCUCCUGUGGCUGGCAGAAAGAGAAAGAGGAUAACAUUGACCAGGUUUGGGUCUGGUCAGAGCCCCCGCCUCCUCAGGGCAGGUGCUGAGUUGUGGAAAUUUGAGGAGCCCAUUUUCCUGUUUAGUUUUCAAACUAAGUCAGACUGCUGCUUCUGCUUCUCUGACGGGCUUCAGCUGGGAACAGAUUAGGUUGCUAAAGGAACAAAUAUUUCUUCCGUGCACUGAAGACAGACAGGAAGACAACAGAUAACGUACCUGCAGUGGAGAGGUUAAGCUCCUGUACGGAGGCGUAAUUCAUAAAUAGAUAAAUAUAGGAAAGGACAACAAAGAAAAUAGGGAUAGAAUAACGGGCAGAGAAUUUAGAGAUGAUGUCAGGUGAUUAGUUUUCUCAUCUAAAAGCUUGAAAAUCCUGCAUGUUUGUGGAGUGGUCAAGCAGGUGGUGAAGAGGUGUGUGCAUAAAAUAAGUAGUACUCCUUUUAUUUCUUUUCACCAAUGCUCUUUGGAUCUGGACCCGCUUUUUCUUUGUUAAGUGUAUAGUUAAAUUAACAGGUUGAAAUUAGAUUUAGUUCUCAGGUUAGAUGCCCAAGAUGUUUGAUGGCAGUGUAAUAUGGUGAAGGGAGACUACUUGUUUCCUAGUUUUGUAAACGGGCGAGAGAUUGUUCAGUGUCUCUAUACCUUCCUUAUCCACAAGAUAAGGUAGUUAUAGUACCCUUCUCAUAGGAUUGUUUUGAGCAUAACAUGGUAUUCAUGUGUAUGAAGAGCUUGGAGUAUUCACUGGGCAAACUCUUUGAUUCUACAAUAGCUGAUGAGGGAACAUGGACUUUGGAGGACAGAAAAAUGGUUCGUAUUGUUCUUACAAAGACAAAGAGAGAUGCAGCAAAUUGUUGGACUUCUCUACUAGAAUCUGAAUAUGCAGCGGAUCCUUGGGUGCAAGACCAAAUGCAGAGAAAGCUUACAUUAGAGAGAUUCCAAAAAGAAAAUCCUGGUUUUGACUUCAGUGGAGCAGAAAUCUCAGGAAACUACACUAAAGGUGGACCAGAUUUCUCAAACCUUGAGAAAUAACUGCUUUUUUUCCUGCAUUUUGUGGAUCCUAGCAGAUAUUGCCAACUUAAUCAGAUAAACAGAUUAUGUAAUGGAAGAAAAAUGUGGAUGCCUACAGUUAACAGAUUGCAAAAUGUAUCUUAAAAUGGUUCUAAAAAUUGCAUUCAAACAUAAUUUACAUAGGAAAUGUACUGUGGGAACUAUUCUAUGGAUAUAUGGUAAAGUUGUUUUGGACUUGUUUUUGCUCAGUGUGAAGUUUUAUAUGCUGCAUUUUACUAAUUCCAUAUUUAACCAUAUUUUUAAUACAAAAGAACAUUAGAGUAUAGAUCAUGUGAAAUGAAGGGUGCCUUUGGGGAAAAUUAACUUUUUCUUUUGAUAAGUAUGAUAUUCAAUAAAGUUUUCUAAAUAGGAA